AUGGGGGACAUACAACUUCUUGAUUUCGUAUUGGCUUCUUCUGGGUUGUUGAUGAUGUUGGCUUAUCACUUUUGGCUUAUUCAUCGUAUCAUUAAACACCCCACCAGAACUGUCAUCGGUGUCAAUGCCAUCAACCGCCGCUUCUGGGUCCAAGCUAUGAUGGAGGAUGCGUCGAAGAAUGGGGUGCUUGCAGUACAAACAUUAAGAAACAACAUAAUGGCAUCAACCCUUUUGGCAUCAACUGCAAUAAUGUUGAGUUCCCUGAUUGCAGUAUUGAUGACAGUCAAUUAGGUACUAUAGCCAUGCAAGUAUUUUAAUCAAUGUGCCAUUCAAGAAGAUGUAUCAAAAUGUUCAUCAUCACCAACUCACAUCAGAGUAUGUAGCCAGGACUGUGAAUAAGGG